AUACAUAAUAGUUGUAGACGUAUUACAAGAAAAGACAUAAAGAGAUAUAGAGCCAAACAUGACUUAUUAUUUUUGGAGGCGUAUAGGACUUUACCCUUUAGUAUGAACAGAUACAUUUGCUUUUCUGUCUGCCCGUUGAAAGUGAUUUGCUUGUCUGUACAUACUAGGAAGGUACUAGAAAGUGGUGUAGUAAAAAGCACAGUUACUAGGAAAUCUUUCACAAAUGGGGAUUUCAAUUUCCAGCAAUUCGGAUUUACUGGCUAUGGCUGGCAGAAAUUAUUCUGAACAACACUAACAAAUUAUUCGAAGCCUGCAGAACGAAGCGAUGGCAUUUGUUAACAUAGAGAUAAUUUAAAGGCCUAAAUGAACUUUCUUCUGUAAUAAUAUGGACGCUUCCUGGUGCAAUCGUUUUCAUACACCGGAUAAAGAAGAUUACAAUGUAAAACGCGUUUUUGGUAUUCAGCAAGAAUUUUAAUGCAUGACUGCGUGACCAGAGUUACAAUGAAAAUAUCAAGAAUCAGAGAUUUUGAGGAACUAAAUAAACAAAACGAAAACAAAACUUGUAGAACCCUGCAAAAGUUUAACAGAACUCUGCAGUAAAAAAGAAAGGUUGCUAUUGUGACUGAGAACAACAGCAAGCCACAUCAUACCAAAAAGGCGGAGCAAUUUACCAAGAACCUUUCACAAGGUAUUGAAGCAGCUGGCUUGAUAUGCGUGAGGGAAACAUCAUUUUACAGGGCUAAUUGCGAAAGUAGCUUAGUGCCACAAAACAGAGCCACAAGAAAAUACCAAGCCGAGGGAGGACUGUCAAGGUCAAGGCAGAGACAUAAACAGGGGAAGAGAUCAAAGUUUGGUGGAGGAUCUGUCACAAGAAACGUAAAUGCUAUCAAGAAGAGGUAACUGAACGAUAUUUCCGCUAUGAUUCUCUAGCGAAGCACUAAUAGGAGGGCGAUACCAGUCCAUGAAUGCUUAAUACAAAUAGGGUGAACAUUCACCUUAAAACUGCAGGUAAAGAGCCCCCAGGCUUGUUUCAGCAUUUUCAAUAUAAAGACUUAUAUAUAAAAAUAAAGGUUUCACUUUGGCCCGUUACAAAAAUCACAGUCUCAUUUAUGAGCAUUUUAAACGCAUUGUGAAAGUUGGACGAUGCCACAAACAUCCGAUCUAGCGUCUUCCUCAAUUUCAAAAACCUUUCCGCAUUUUGCUUCGGUUCUUCGUUCUUUCAAGGUGUAAACAAUAGGAAACUCUGUUUAAUUUCUUGUCCUACUAACGUAGGAAAAAGGAAUGAGCUUUAGAAAUGGUGUAAUUGAAUGCUAGAUAUGGAAUCAACAAACGACCUUGUUUUCAUGUAGAUAACAUUAAGUGGGAUCAAACCUAUAUUUAAUUCAAGAGAAUUGUCGCGGUUUUAAAUGAUGAUCAAUACAAGGAUUGCGGAGAAAAAAACAAGAAAAACAUUAAGCAUUAGAUCAGGGUUGCAUGUCAAUGUAACCAAAUUUCAUGGGCAACCUUUACGUAUUUCAUGAUGCCUUAAUCUAUGAAAGCGAAUAAAUUCACCUCAUUUAAAACAAUAUGAUCCAGUUGAUCGCAAUCAUCCAAUGAAAUGUUCGAUAAUUGAUAACCAUACAAUGGACCGUUGAGAAAUUGAAAGCUCACGCUAUAUAGGAAUACAUCGACUCAUGUUGUUUAAAAUCUUUUUAGCAUUAGACUUACCUCUUCAUCAGGAUGGUGGAUUAGGUGACCAAGCAUAGGAAUGGCCUAAAACAAAACAAACAUCACUUUAUGGCAAGGCAAAUCUAACAUCAAUAACUUGCAAAAAUAAAACAGCGACACAAACGGCAUCAGUGCACAUUCUUCUGGUUCAAAGAUAGUCGUUCUAUUCUAGAAAUCAAACAUGGAGCAAGAAGAGAGUCUUGAAACGAUCUCUGUACAGGAUGACUGGAAGGCUGUGGUUGUGUUUGCAGUGCCAAAUCAAAUUGAGGAUGUGCAACACUGCAGUGUCUUGUCUGAAAGCAUUGCAACAGGGCUUAGAAAGAGAUUCAGUGUGGUUGAAUAUGAUGCCCUCCUGAAAGAGAUUAAAGAUCUUGCACAUGGCAAAGUCGGAAAAGUAAAGAUGUCCAAACCACCUCCAUUCUUUGAAGUUAUUGAUUCCAUAAAGGUUCUUAUUGAACAAGGUGAAGAUGUGCCUGCAAGUCUAUUAGCAAAGCUUCUAAAGUUUAAGUUGUUGAUGAUAAAGCAAAAAGAAUUUGAGCGAAGGGAAGAGGAGAAGAAGGCUGCUGAAGCUGCAGCUAAGCAAGCAAAACUAGAAGAGAGAAGUCGCUCUAAUGCUGGUAGCUCCCCCGGAAAACGGUCCAAGUCACAGUCACCUGGUAGAAAAAAGGGGAAACGGGACGAUGCCCCUGCAUCCCCAAAGAAGGAUACAAAGUUGAAAAGACGCGGGGAACUCGAAGAUACUUUCAAGACUAUUGAUGACGAGCCAGAUGGCACAGAUGAUCCCAGUCAUUACGUCGUCAUCACCUCGAUCUAUGAGCCUCGUGUCUUCCAACAAUUGAUUGACAUUGGAGUCGGCAUUGAUGCUGUUAUAAGAGUGACGUCACAAACGUACGAGACUAAAGAUAUGGGUGAGGUCAGCAAAGCUGACGAAAAACAGGAAGAAGCUGAAGAUGAAAACAAUGAGGCAGAAAAAGAAAACGACGAAGAAACAAAAAAAGCAGAGGAGAAACUCAAGGAAAAGUUGCAAAAGUUCUGGAGAGACAGUGAAACUAUUAUACAAGAGGCUGCAUCCGGUACGAGAAUAAAAGAUAUUGCCAAGUUGUCAGUUGUCAUAAAGGACAGCAUUGUCCCUGAAGGAGAGGUAAACAAUCUUGAGCAAGAUAAAAAGACUGAUUAUGGGACAAAGCUGUUUGAACUUGCUGCUAAUCUUUGUUAUGAUUUGCUUGAUUCAAAGAAAAGGUACAAGCGAUAUAUCGAUAAUUUGAAAAUGACACAUAUCCCAUUGCUAAAAGAAACCGCUCGAUCCGUCCCGUUGACGUCAUCAGUUGCUUCCGCAGGAGGUCUGGAGACGGCUACAGGAAUGCGACAGGCAAGUGCCAAGUAUGUGGACAUGAGAUAUUACAACCACUUAAUGGAUCAAGUACCGACUGAGUCACAUAGUGUUCCGCUGCUUCUUGACUCCUUACUGAGGCAGGUCGAGGCUACAGUUGAUGAGAAAGACCCCAUGGAUGAUCCAUUGCCUCCCAGGGAAGACCAGCUCGAUCACAUGCUUGGACAGUACAUUGACUCUAAACUAGAGGUUCUUGGAUUGAGAAAACCAGUUCCACAGAGCGAUGGUUCAGAGAAUGUAUCGAGCAAACCCCUCCUUAUUCACCAUGGUGAUGAGAGAACCCAACGUACACACCACUUGAAUAGAAUGCAAGAUGUUUCUCCUAAUGAGGCUGAAGAUAGCGUUUACAAGCUGCAUUCUGUUGCCUCUAUGAUACAUCAUUUUGCCAAUGCUGAAGACGACAAAAAGCAAAUACUCACUAGAAAGCAGCAGUUGGCCCAUUGCUGCAAUAUGCUUGACAACCAAUCGAAAUUCGACAAAGUAAUGGCACUGAUGGCCCUUGAGGUGCUGCCAUUAAAGCAUGUUGAUUGUAAUGGAGAAGUCUCUCAUCCUCAUGAUGAUGAAUCAUCAGUGCACAUUGGUUGGGACGAUCCUUAUAUCAUUCAAAAAGAAUUUCAAGAUGCAGAUGCUGGACCUAGUAUAGACGAAGACAGAGCAAUAUCUGAAAUCAGAGAUUUGAGCAGAUUGAGGGAUUUAUCAGAAUAUCAGUAUUCAGAGCACUUUGACUCAAAGAUAUUUCUUCAAGUCCUUGACAAAGCCAUGGACCUUAGACCCUUCAUGGACAUGUAUUACCACAGCGGCCUAUCGUCUCUGUUUUUGGUCCUCCACAACCCAAAAAGCGAUCUUAUGAGAAACUGUAGCAGCUGGGAAACAUGGCUGCAUUCGAACGUCGGCUUCAGGAAUUAUCUUGAGCACGUAUCCGACGAAAUAGACGACUGGCAAAGGGAAGAGGACACCAAAGAGGAAAUUCGAAACAGACCAGUGACUCCUGAUGCACCACCACGAGAACCAACACCUGUGCCAGUGAAGACAGGGAGCAGUCACAAGUUGAUAACUAGAGCUGAAAUGCUUGAGAUGAAAGAAGCAGAAGACGAUAAAAGCAAAAAGAAAAACCGAAAAUCGAGGGCCCAAAGUAGAAGUCCGGGUAAAAGACCGCCUUCGGAAUCGAAAAAAGCCCAUUCACCGGAUAAACGGGAAAAAACGAGCUCUGCUAUGAAGCGUACUCCUUCUGCAAGGAAGACAGCAUCCCGGGCUGGUACAGCGAGAAAGAGUUUGAAGUCGCACCAGGAGAAAAAACCCGAACAAGAAGAAGAACAUAAUGCUGAUGCGGAACAGGAAGGAGAGAAAGAGUACGCGUUUCAUGGAUAUGAUGUUGGAGACGAACUUGUGCAUGUGUCGGGGGAGACUUCCUAUCUCUUCCCUUGUGACGGUGACUUGAUCAAAGUUGAAAAGUCCGGGUACAUUAAUGGCAAUACAUCAAUCCGGACCGCUGUGUACAAUAGUGAUAAUACAAUUGUUUUGAAUAUCAAGAACCCAGUUUUACAGUCCAAAGAAGGAAACAAAGUAGAUUCCAUUGAUGCAUCGUGGAACAUGUCACUUCUUAGCAAACAGGAUAUUUCCAACAACGAGGAGGAAGGACAGGAAGCAGGUGAAGAGAAUGAGUACUUGCGUUUGAUCUCGCAAAUCCCACCCUUACCAGAGAUAACAGAUCCUUGCUUUGAAGACAGUUUUUUGACAAUAAAUUGCAAAGAUGGAAUGCGCCUUGGAAUUGAUUGCAGAACAUCAACCGCGUGGCGAAGAAGGCUGGAGCAACUAUCGUCAUCUUUAGUUGAUGCUAAAAAUGCAGUUUACAAAUUGCCCGUCUUGGGUGGAAAUAACAAUCCUGUGAACCCCAAGGGCAACAGUCCGAAAGGAAAACGAAACAAGGAAGACGAGAUGAAAAGACAGGAAGAAUUAGAAAGGCAACAAGAGAAAGAGACGCGGGACAAAAUCGAGUAUGCGAUUAGCGAUGUUUGCCAAAUGAGAAGAUCGCAUCUUAGCACAUGUAACUUGUCUGUCAGUUGUCCUGAUGGCUUGCAAUUGACAUUUCUGCAUGAUGAGAUCAAAAAUGGAGAUUUCUCGAGGGUUUUGCAUGUACGGCAAGAAUAUGUCGUCAAAGGAUGUGGAAAACAUUCCUGUGAAAAGACAAGGACCAAAGUAUCAGAAGAAAGCUCCAGACUAGUGACUAUGACUGGAACUGUUGUCAAGUAUAUGAGAGAUGGGUCAGUGGAGAUUCUCUUUGCUGAUGGGGCUGUGUCCAGUUGCCCCUCCAUUGUUUCUCCAGUAUUCAAAAAUAAACCUGCAGAUGUUAUUGAUCCAAAUGCCAGCCUGGCGAGUGAUUCUGGGUCCAAUCUAAAGAAACUAGGAGUAAAUCUUAAACAGGUUGUUGAGAAUGCUGAAGACUCAAUGGAAACAAACUCUUUUGAGUGGUUCCUUGUAAAUGCAUCGGGAGAAAAAUAUCACAGGACUUCUGAAGAGGUCAGGCUGCAAGAUCUCAUCGUCUCACGAGCUGUAUGUCCAAGAACAAAUCAGGUGGUGGAAACAAGAGAAGAUGGCGUGGUGACAGUCAAACGGCCAGAUAAUACAACGAUAGUUGAGCAUAGUGAUGGUACACGAAUCACGUCAUAUUUUGAAGAAUUCGCAUUUGGAACUGACAAUGAAACCGGAGAAGAGGAAGUUAGGCCGCAUGCACCAAUGGAAUGUGUGAAGAUUGAAUGUGUUGGGUAUGCAACAGUGCUCAUCAAUAAAGUGAAGAAAGAAAUAAAGACAGUGUUUGGGAACGGAAGCGUCAUUACUGCAUCACUGAAUGGAGAAUACAAAAUCGCAAAGCCUGAUUCAUCAACUGUCUUUGUAAAUGAUAAAGGGGAAACCUUAUUUGUUCCAAAGAAAACAGUCCCAGAUAUUGCAUCCUACAACGCCGGCAAUCUAGCCUCUCUCUUCAAUUACAUUGACGAGCAUGGGUCACCUUCUGGUGUCUAUGUCAUAAAGCCUUCAUCGAAUAAUUGCCUAUCUGCCGUUGAUGACCUUGGAAACAGCUUCAGUGUAUCUGCUAUGGGAGAGGCUGUAGUGGAACGAGGCCAAGAUUUGUUGGGUGUCAAGGAUUUGUUGAAACCCCGAUAUUUUGUGCUGCACAAAGAUGGAAGUGGAGAGGAACUCUUAAGGCAAGCUGAUAUUUCAACUUAUCUUGAAGAGGCUGAAACAGAUCCAGGUGUGGCAGUUUUAAAAUCAAGCGCCAAGAACCAGACUGAUGUCUCUGGAAUAACAGUCCUCCGUCCUUUUAAAGGGACUAAUAGUGACAUCUGGUUGAUGCAAAAAGACGAAGAAGACAUAAUACCAUCUGAUCUGAAGGAAAGGGAUUUUAAAACAUUGCCGGCAAAGGAAGUUAAGUCGCCAGGACCAAUAUUUGGCAGCAAUGCAGGGGUAGCCUUUCAGGUUGCAACAAAGCCUACACCAGUGCCCCCUCAGCCACCAAGAAGUUGUCCAAACGUACUGGAAAUGCGAUACAUAACUCAUUUCAGUGGCUUAACUCCUGAAGAUAGAAAGAAGAUGCUCGAAGGCAUUGAAAAUUAUCGAAGACUCUUCAAGGAACAGUUGGCAUUAGAGAAAGAUUUGCUGCCUAAUGACCCUAGAAGUGUGGAGGAGAAAAACAACGCACAGGAGCUUCUUGAAAAAUUUAAAGAUAUGAUGGUUAAAGAAGAGCAAGUUCAAGGAAAUUUAACCAAGCCAGCAAUCCCAGACAGCAGCCUUGGCCAGGAAUAUUUAGAGGCAACAAGAGUGCCACCUCCGCCGCCAGCAGAAAGAGCGAAACCGCAGCGUCUCGAAAAGGAGUGGGAGAAAGAUAAGAUCGAGAUUGCGGAGCUUAAAUAUGCAAAGGAGGCUUUGCGCUCAGGGAAAGUGCCACCAUAUUUUGAUACUGAAGAAGGUCAGCGCUUCCUGUAUGCAAUAAAAGGACAACCGGAGCUUGAACGACUGGCUAGCGAUCUAGCCAAAGAGACGGUGCACCCGUCUUAUCGACCUGUCAGUGCCACCUCGACGGAAUCAAAUGGCAUAACACCCGAGCUAUCCACUAUGAGUCAUCCUUCUGGUGAAUUCUACGAUCUCCGUAAACAGAAUCAUGUGGAGAACCAGGAAUCGAACUCUGUCGAGUUUUUUGACUCAUCAAGAAAAGAUUCCCCAGCCAACAGCAAACUAAGCCUGACUAGGCCUGGGAACCCCACGCCAGCCGAGGCUAUAAAUGGUGACUCGGGUCUGGGAAUACACAGAGACACUCAAAGUAGGAGCCGACCCUACAACCCCACUCCACUGCAUGCUGGGAAAAACAGCUCGCAUGUUAAGAUGGAAAAUAGCAUCGAAGAAAUGCCAGAAUCACGUGAGCAUCAUGUUGAGAGGGACGAAAAUCUCCUUCAAACUACUUUGCGAAAGCAGCAAUUGCAAGAAACUGGUCCUUUUAAUGAUGAGCUGUCACAAGCAUAUAUUAUGACCCCUAAUAGAGAAUUCGCCAUCGACACCCAGUUUGGAGAUCAAUCACCACGGUACUCAAGCCUAACCUACUCAGUGACUGGAGACCCACGAAAAGAGGCUGUCCGAUUGCCUGCCUCGAUCAAGGGCUCCAAGCCAGGUGCUUUGCCAAAUCACAAGUUUAUGAAUAUCGAGGAGCCAGUCAGGCGUCAGGUAAAGACGGCUUCAAUAGCAGGAGCAGUGAAACCAGAGACAACCUCCCGGUUGCGGGGGUUUCAGCUUCACCCCGACUUGGUUGAUUUCGGUGUUCUCAAGGAGGGUGUUUCAUACUCACAGACAGUAAUGCUGAAGAAUGUGGGCAUCGAUAAUUGUAGAUUCAAAGUAAAGCAGCCUCCACCUUCUACCGGAUUGAAAGUCAUCUACACACCUGGACCAGUUGCAGCAGGGAUGGCAACGCGGCUGGAUGUUGAAAUAUUUGCUGUUGCUGUUGGUGUUGAAGGCAGCUCUGGUGUUGGAUCAAUCAACCAUUAUAUCGAAAUCAUUAGCGAAACAGACAAUCUUUAUUUGCCUGUCACUGCUGCUAUUCUAACUUCACACGAAUAUGACAACAGAAGCGAAACUUCUCCACGAGGCGGUCCAUCUGUAAACACUCUUGUGCUUAGCAACAGACCGUCCUCAAGGGACGCAAUCACAAGACCAAGAAAGGACUGAGGUUGUUUUGAAGCCAUGGAAACUCCUGUAAUUGAAAGAAUAACAAAGAGAACUCAAGCAUUGCUGAAUCGCAGUUAGUUUAUUAGGACUGGCUUCAAGCUCUGGAUUCAAUUGUUGUAAAAUUGUUAUGUAAAUAGUUCUAACAAUGACUGUA